UAUGGUUUCCAAGCCAGCACCUUAUUGGGAAGGAACCGCUGUGAUAAAUGGAGACUUUAAGGAGCUCAAGUUAACUGAUUAUCGUGGAAAAUACCUGGUUUUCUUCUUCUACCCACUUGAUUUCACUUUUGUGUGUCCAACUGAAAUUAUCGCCUUCAGUGAUAGAAUUGAAGAAUUCAGAUCCAUAAACACGGAAGUGGUGGCAUGCUCUGUCGAUUCACAGUUCGCCCACUUGGCCUGGAUUAACACCCCUAGAAGGCAAGGAGGACUUGGGCCAAUAAAGAUUCCACUUCUUUCAGAUUUGACCCAUCAGAUCGCAAAGGACUAUGGCGUGUAUCUGGAAGACUCGGGCCACAGUCUUAGAGGUCUCUUCAUUAUCGAUGACAAGGGGAUCCUAAGACAGAUGACUCUGAAUGACCUUCCUGUGGGUAGAUCGGUGGAUGAGACACUGCGUUUGGUCCAAGCAUUCCAGUACACCGCUAAACAUGGAGAAGUCUGCCCUGCUGGCUGGAAACCUGGUAGUGAAACAAUAAUUCCGGAUCCAGCUGGAAAACUGAAGUAUUUUGACAAACUGAACUGAAAAUACUUCCUCAGGCUAUGAUGCUUGAAUGCUUUCAAUAA